AUGGGACAUGGAAAUCAAACUAUUAUCUAUGAGUUUCUCCUCCAUGGACUUUCCCAGUGGUCAGAAUACCAACAUCUCUUCUUUGGGCUGUUUCUCUUCAUGUACCUAGUCACUCUGGCUGGGAAUUCACUCAUCUUCCUGGUAAUUGUCUCUGAAGCUUGUCUCCAUACCCCCAUGUAUUUUUUCUUGGCCUGCCUCUCUUUUGCUGACAUUGGUCUAUCCUCCAGCAUAGUUUUGAAGAUGCUACAUAACACGUAUACCCAGCAUCACACCAUCUCCUACACAGGAUGCCUGAUGCAGCUCUAUUUCUUCCUGACAUUUGGAAACUUGGACAGUUUUUUAUUGGGCGUGAUGGCAUAUGAUCGUUAUGUGGCCAUCUGUCGUCCACUCCACUAUAACACAGCCAUGAAUCCUAGGCUGUGUAUCUUGUUAGUGAGUGCAUGCUUUGUCAUGACUAACAUCCAUGCUCUCAUACAUACCAUUCUCAUGUCAAAGCUGUCUUUUUGUGUGCAUGGGGAAAUCUUACACUUUUUCUGUGACAUCAGCCCCCUCUUGAAGCUGUCUUGCUCUGAUACACACAUCAAUGAGUUAAUGGUCUUUGUUGUGGGGGGCCCAGUUUUGAUGUUUCCCUUCCUGUGCACUAUGGUCUCCUAUAUUCAAAUCGUUUCAGCCAUCCUGAGGAUUCCUUCAGGCAGUGGAGGGAGGCGCAAAGCCUUUUCCACUUGUGGUUCCCACCUCUCUGUUGUCUGUUUGUUCUAUGGCACUACCUCCAGUGUCUAUCUUCUGCCAUCAUCUUCCUCCUCCACAAAGGACAUUGUGUCCUCUGUGGUAUAUACAUUGGUCACCCCAAUGUUAAAUCCUUUCCUUUAUAGCUUGAGAAACCGGGAUAUGAAAAAAGCCCUGAAGAAUCUUAUCAGAAGCAGGAUAUUUACUCCUUCAUCAUAUUAA